AUGUUUUGUAUCGGAUCAAACCCAUCAACGCAUUUCAUAUUUUUUCUUUCUUUUUUCGUACUCGCCACCCUAUUUUCGUCGUCUUAUGGAGAUUCUCAUCUCAACGGCCUCCACCGUUCACAUCUCCCAGAAUAUGAUGAGGUUGUCGAAUGGAAUACGAGGAGGAUUGUCGUUGAAACCUCUACCAAUUCUACAGAUAUGAUAUUGGCAGCAAAGAGAACAUAUAGAAAGGACCCUUCUAACAACAUGGAAUACUACACAGGGGGUUGGAAUAUAACCAAUUCCCAUUACCUUUAUUCAAUAGCUUAUUCAGCUGUUGGGCCGAUUCUCGUUGCUGUUAUCUGGCUUGUUUUCUUCGGAGUGUUCAUGUUGUGUCUCUGUUUUCGCCAUUGCUGUUGCAGGCGUAAGCCUUAUGGCUAUUCUCGUGCAGCCUAUGCCGUCUCUCUUAUUCUCCUCCUCCUCUUCACCACCGCGACAAUAACCGGAAUAGGUUUUUUGUAUGCGGGGCAAGCCAAAUUCCAGAAUAGUAUAGUGAACAUACUGAGCUACAUUCUGCAUCAGGCCGACAGAGUGGUUGUAAAUCUACAGAACUUACUCGGUAAUCUGGAGGCGGCGAAGGGUGUUGGUGUGGGGCAGAUUUCAUUACCAGAUGAAAUCAAAGGUGAAAUUGAUACCAUGGGGAUAACGAUCAAUCGGCUUGCUGAUACUUUUCACAAUGUUACAGGAACGAACUCACAUGACAUACGCAAUUUUCUCGACCCCUUGAGGCUCACUGUUAUAUAUGUUGCUGCAGCAGUUCUUGUUUUGGCAUUUCUGGGAUUCUUGUUCUCCAUUCUUGGAAAGAAGUGGGUUGUCUACUGCUUAGUGAUCGCAGGAUGGAUGCUGGUGGCUGGAACAUUCGUAAUUAGUGGCAUGUUUCUCAUUGUUCAUAAUGUGGUUGCAGAUACAUGUGUAUCGAUGGAUGAGUGGCAUCAAAACCCGAAUGCACGUUCUGCGUUGGAGGAGAUCAUUCCUAGAGUAGAUAACGCUACUGCUCAAGACAUUUCCAAAGUUACCAAAGGAGUCACCUUCUCACUCCUCGGUGUCGUUAACUACGCCAUAUCGAAUGUCUCCAAUGCCAACAACCUUCCACCUGAGGCCAAACCUUUAUAUUUUAACCAAUCAGGAAUGGUGAUGCCUACUUACUGCAAUCCGUAUAAUCCUGAUUUUACAGAUCGGAAAUGUGAACCUGGCGAAGUAGACUUCACCAAUGCAUCGCAGGUAUGGAAGAAGUAUAUUUGUGAGGUUUCCUCAUCCGAUAUAUGUAUCACGACUGGACGACUGACCCCUGACCGUUAUAGACAACUGACAAGCUCAGUAAAUGUAAGCUAUGGUUUGUAUACAGGGAUGCCAUUUGUUGUGGAGUUGAUAGACUCCACUUUUCUUACAGAGACAUUUACAGAUAUUAGUGAGAACAAUUGUCCCGGUUUGAGGAAAUUUACGAAAUGGGUGUAUGUUGGUUUCAUUACUUCCUCUACUGCUCUAAUGUUUUCCUUGAUCUUUUGGGUAGUAUAUGUCCGUGAAAGAAGGCAUCGUGCCUACACCAAGAGAGUCGACCGCCUGCCUGAAGAGGAGGUAUCCUAUAUACAAGGAUGA